AGUUAUCAAUUUAGUGACUAGCCAGACUUCAGAGUGGUUGGGUUGUUGUCGGUAAUCGUGUGGAGAAGUGCACCCGAAAUGGAACUAUAUUUAAUUAUAUUAAUAGCGUGUUUAGUGGCGAGCGCUUCUCCGAAUUUCGAUUUGUUUGUAAGAGGCGAAGAGAGCAAUGCUGUGUACGGUUACCAAUGUCAGAAGAGCAGGUGCGUAAAAAUCGAACUUACAGAGAGCAAUAUAGAGUACGCUAUCAGUUUACCGGUGUGUCGUUUGCUCUGCGGAGAAGCAAAGGUGGCAACUGUUUGGCCAAAACCAACGGGAAUAGUACACACUGAAAAUUUCCUUCAACACAUAGAUGUCAACACAAUCGCGUUUGAAUUUCCCAAACUCACCAAACAGCAAUCGCUUUGGGAGGCGAGCAAAAGUAGAUUUUUGCAGCAAUUAAAGUCACAAGAGAUCGGCACUGUAAAGGCCGGUGGCGCCAAGUUAACUGUGAUUAUUGAGUUAGGAACGGAUAUCGAUGAACUUCCUCGCAUAACGCUCGACACUGACGAAGGCUACAAAUUGUUGAUCGCCCUAACAAAAGAUAACGGCAGCAUUGUAAGAAUCCAUAGUAAUACCUAUUUCGGUGCACGGCAUGGUUUGGAAACACUUUCACAGUUAAUUGUCUAUGACGAUAUUCGACGUGAGCACCAAUUGUUGACCAAGGUGGAAAUUGAGGAUGCACCAGUGUAUAAAUGGCGCGGUAUAUUAUUGGAUACAUCGAGGCAUUUCUAUUCUGUGGAUGCCAUAAAACGUACUCUUGAUGCGUUAGCAAUGGUUAAACUAAACACCUUUCAUUGGCACAUCACAGAUUCUCAAAGUUUUCCACUGGAAGUCAAAUCUCAUCCAGAGCUUCAUAAACUCGGUGCUUAUUCACCGAAUAAGGUUUAUACACAUGAACAAAUAUCUGAAAUCGUACAGUAUGGACUUGUCCGAGGCAUUCGCGUAAUGCCGGAAUUUGAUGCGCCUGCGCACGUUAGUGAGGGUUGGCAACAUAAAGGUGUUAUUGCCUGUGCAAAUUAUCAACCUUGGAGAAGUUAUUGUGGGGAACCACCUUGUGGACAAUUCGAUCCCACUGUAGAGCAGUUAUAUCCUAUUUUAGAAGACAUUUAUCGUGAAAUAUUUCAAUUAUUCACUCCAGAUGUUUUCCAUAUGGGCGGUGAUGAAGUAUUGUCAAAAUGUUGGAAUGCGAGUGAAGGUAUCCGUAAUUGGAUGCUGUUAAAGGGUUGGAAUUUGGAGGAGGAUGAUUUCCAUCGGCUUUGGGGAUAUUUCCAAGAGAAAGCACUUGAAAGAGUGGACAGUGUUUCUAAUGGCUCUAAACCAUUAAUUACACUAUGGACCAGUAGUCUGACGAAAGAACCAUAUAUUGAUGAAUAUUUGGACAAAUCCAGAUACAUUAUACAAAUAUGGACACGCGGCACGAGUAGCGACAUUUUGCCAAUUUUAAAACGUGGUUAUCGUGUUAUUAUUUCCAACAAUGACGCUCUAUAUUUCGACUGUGGCGGUCCCAGUUGGGUUGGCAGUGGAAAUAACUGGUGUUCACCCUACAUCGGUUGGCAGAAAGUCUAUGACAACAAUUUGGACCUUAUCGCAGAGGGCUACAAAAGUCAAGUUUUAGGCGCUGAGGCAGCAAUUUGGUCGGAGCAAAUCGAUGAGUACACGCUAGACUAUCGGUUAUGGCCACGUUCUAGUGCAUUAGCAGAGCGAUUGUGGUCAAAUCCCGCUGAAGGUUGGCGCGACGCCGAAUCCCGAAUAUUACUACAUCGUGAACGGUUAGUAGCAAAUGGAAUACACGCAGAGGCGCUUCAACCAGAAUGGUGUUUACAGAAUGAAAAUGAAUGUCCAGUAAAUAAGAGUUGAAAAUGUAGUAAAUACACACGCAAUCAUAAUUCUACUUAAAUUUUCGAAUACUAUGCCAUGAAUAUAUAUUUUUGAGACAAA